AUGACGCAAUGCAGAAAUAAGUUAGCAAGCGGGUACUCGUCGGGGGGGAAAUACAAGGGGCAAUGGGCGAACAAAAGCCCAGAACAGCAACAAAUGGUAGCGACCAUGCACAGGCGCACGGGUAGGGAACACGGACAACCAAAGAAUUAAAAACAGGGAGAUUACAUGGGGGCACAGGCCAGUGGGUAACAGAACAUGGAUGAAAACAACAACUCCUGUGAUAACGAGAAUGGGAGCGAGCUGGGAGCGGAGCGGCCAG